UGGGGCGGGGUGCCAUCACACCCGAAAAUGAAUUCAUAAAGUGCGAUUCAUAUCUGUUCAAGAUAGUGAAACUAAAAAUUGAUUUGUAAUUCAAAAGUGGGAACGAAGAGCAAUCAAAAUUGGAUCUGACACCAUAAUCAUUUUGCAUCAGUUUGAGAAUCGUUACUUUUAUCAGAUAUUAGGUAGAUUGAAUUAUGCUAUCAUCAAAUCACAUGGAAGCACAACAGAACAUCGUCGAGAAUCUUGAUCGUAUCAGUGAUUUACCUGACAAUAUUAUUCAUCACAUUCUUUCCUUCCUCCUAAUAAAAGAUGUCAUAAGGACCAGCUUCUUAUCGAAAAGAUGGAGAUACAUAUGGACAUCCGUUCCCACUCUAGAAUUCGAUGGCUUGGUAUUCUCUCCUAAGACAAAAUUCAUGAACUUUAUCGAUUCAGUUUUACUUCAUCGUAGUGGACCUGGUAUUCAGACCUUUUCUCUAAGGUUUGGUGGUUAUUAUUGUGAUAGUUCUCAUCUUGAUAGUUGGUUUCUUGCUGCAGCAAACCACAAUGUUCGUGAGCUUAGUAUUUCUUCCCAUACUGGGGAAGCCUUUGAAUUACCUAGUUGCAUAUUUACUUGCAACUCCUUAACUGUUUUGAAGUUGAACUUAUACAACUCUGUUGUUAAUCUUCCUUCAAUUGUUCAUUUACCAUUUCUCAAGAGGCUUCAGCUUACUUCGGUCACAUUUUCGGAAGACGGCUGGAACCAAAUCUUUCGUAAUAGUCCAAUGCUUGAGGAUGUCAUUAUGGAGGAUUGUUAUGCUGAAAAUCUCAGACCUCUUCAGAUUUCCUCUUCUUCGUUGCGAAAUUUGAUUAUAGAUGGUCUCCUAAAGGAACACAAUUAUUGUCUGCUCAAUCAUGAAAUUAGGGUGUAUUCUCCUAGGUUAUUGUCACUAAAAUUCACUGGUUAUGCUGAAAAGAGCAUUUAUGUCGAAAACAUGUCAUCACUAAUCGAUGCAACAAUAGACUUAAAGUUUAAUUUUGGCGUACGAGCAGAAAUAGAUUCCAAUUAUUUGAUUAAGUUUCUUGAGGGCAUCUCUCAUACAAAAGUUCUAACACUAUCCUCAUCAAGCAUAGAGGUACUAUGUGAAACUUCGACUUUGUUAGGAAAAACCUUUACAUUUUCAAGGUUGAACCAUUUGAAGUUGACUGCUGCCGUUAACAAAGAAACUGUCAAACGUGUAACCUUUGUGCUUCAUAGUUCUCCGAAAUUGGAAUUCCUUUCCAUAGACUUCUUUCUACGUCGACAGGGAAUCAAUGAAGAAGAAAGUUUUGAGCCACAAACCACAGCUUUCGAGUACUGCGUUGAUAACCUUAAGGUCGUCAAGAUCAAGGGUUUCAGAGGAAAUGAAAACGAAAUUGCAUUGGUGAAAAGUUUGCUGGAGAAUGCAAAGAUCCUAGAGAAGAUGAUUAUCGUUUUCUUGAAACAGAUUUCAGCCAACUCAAAACUGCAAAAUCAGAUUUACCUCGACAUUUUACUGCAUCCAAGAGGCUCACCGAGCAGCGAAGUUGUUUGUGAAUUCUGAAUCUCUCUUUUGUCUGAACUUUUACGUGCUUAGUCUACACAACAUAUACAGGGUCCUGUGUGGUGUAACUAUCAUUUUGGUACAUACUUAUUGCUAUCAAUUUGCAAAUAGACGCAUUCAGAAGAAUUAUAUUUUUCCA